AUGUCUAUCCUUCUCCCCACCAAUUUACAACAAUGCCCUUCUCCCUCCCUCUCGCCUUCAUCACCUCUCUUUCCACCGUCUCCUUCCACCGCCUUCCCCGUCGUCGGUACUCACCGGAGAUGUCUCAGAUUGGUUACUUCCUGCGUCUCCACCGUUCAAAGCUCUGUCGCGAACGGUUACGCUCCCUCCGUUGUCGUUGAGCGAGACCAGAUUCGUCUUGGUCUUCCUAGUAAAGGACGUAUGGCCGCCGAUUCAAUUGAUCUUCUCAAGCGGCCAAAGGAUAUUGUCAGGAAGUUACUCUCAGGAGAUCUGGAUUUAGGUAUCGUUGGUCUAGAUACACUUAGUGAAUAUGGUCAGGAAAAUGGAGAUCUUAUCAUUGUCCAUGAAGCUCUCAACUUUGGAGACUGCCAUCUGUCCAUUGCGAUACCCAACUAUGGGAUUUUUGAGAACGUAAACUCUCUGAAGGAGCUAGCUCAAAUGCCCCAGUGGAGUGAAGAGAGACCCUUACGCGUUGCUACUGGCUUCACUUAUCUCGGCCCCAAAUUCAUGAAAGAAAACGGCAUAAAGCAUGUGACGUUUUCAACUGCAGACGGAGCCCUGGAGGCUGCUCCGGCGAUGGGAAUAGCUGACGCCAUUUUGGACCUUGUGAGUAGUGGGACAACACUCAAAGAGAACAACUUAAAAGAGAUUGAAGGAGGUGUUGUCCUGGAAAGUCAGGCUGCACUAGUUGCAAGCAGAAGGGCGUUGACCGAGAGAAAAGGCGCAUUAAACACAGUACACGAGAUUCUCGAAAGAUUGGAGGCUCACCUGAAGGCGGAUGGCCAAUUCACAGUUGUUGCAAACAUGAGAGGAAAUAGUGCUGAAGAAGUUGCUGAGCGUGUGUUGAGCCAACCGUCUUUGUCAGGAUUACAGGGACCAACAAUAAGCCCAGUUUACUGUACACAAGAUGGUAAAGUAUCGAUUGACUACUAUGCCAUUGUGAUCUGUGUACCCAAAAAGGCUCUAUACGACUCUGUGAAGCAACUGAGAGCGGUUGGUGGCAGUGGAGUAUUAGUUUCACCUUUGACCUACAUUUUUGAUGAGGAAACUCCAAGAUGGGGUCAACUCCUGAGAAAUCUCAAGCUUUAA